AUGUUUCCAAAUGACAGCUCUUCCGCUUCACAUCCAAGUUCCUCAAAAGCUUCCACUUCCUCAAACACGCCAUUGCCAAAUUUAGAGAUCCGUCAUGACAUGUCCGUUUUCAACGACAAAGUGCGAUUAGCCGAGAGCACACCGAAGAAGCGCGCGGGGAGGAAGAAGUUCAAGGAGACACGCCACCCGGUAUAUAGAGGUGUGAGGAAGAGGAACUUAGAUAAGUGGGUGUGUGAAAUGAGAGAGCCUAACAAGAAAACUAAAAUUUGGCUAGGGACCUAUCCAACUGUCGAGAUGGCAGCCCGAGCCCAUGACGUCGCGGCAUUGGCUUUGAGAGGUCGCAACGCCUGUCUCAACUUUGCAGACUCGGCCUGGCGACUUCCUGUUCCUACCAGUACCACGACAAAAGAUAUACAAAAAGCGGCUGCAGAAGCUGCCGAGGCUUUUAGACCAGACAAGACUUUACUAACAAAUGACAUUGACACGGCUGUAGCUGCCGCCACAGAGGAGCAACUUAUGUUUGGACUGGAAGAAGAAGAGGAGGAGGAAGAGGUGAACAUUCCAAAGUCCUUGAGAAAUAUGGCGCUAUUGUCUCCUACACAUAGCUUGGAGAACGAGUUUCAUUAUACUGAUGCAGAUCUUGAAGAUGUUGAGGUGUCACUAUGGAGUUUUUCUCUUUGA